AUGGAUAUAGUGCAAGAAUUUCAGCAGGUACAGUACGAGGUACAGUAUGAGGUACAGCACGAGGUACAGUACGAGGUACAGUACGAGGUACAGCACCUGGUACAGCACGAGGUACAGUACGAGGUACAGCACCUGGUACAGCACGAGGUACAGUACGAGGUACAGCACGAGGUACAGUACGAGGUACAGCACCUGGUACAGCACGAGGUACAGUACGAGGUACAGCACGAGGUACAGUACGAGGUACAGCACGAGGUACAGUACGAGGUACAGUAUGAGGUACAAUACGAGGUACAGUACGAGGUACAGUAUGAGGUACAAUACGAGGUACAGUACGAGGUACAGUAUGAGGUACAAUACGAGGUACAGUACGAGGUACAGCACGAGGUACAGUACGAGGUACAGCACCUGGUACAGCACGAGGUACAGCACGAGGUACAGUACGAGGUACAGUAUGAGGUACAAUACGAGGUACAGUACGAGGUACAGUAUGAGGUACAAUACGAGGUACAGUACGAGGUACAGCACCUGGUACAGCACGAGGUACAGUACGAGGUACAGCACGAGGUACAGUACGAGGUACAGCACGAGGUACAGCACGAGGUACAGUAUGAGGUACAAUACGAGGUACAGUACGAGGUACAAUACGAGGUACAGUACGAGGUACAGCACCUGGUACAGUACGAGGUUCAGUACGAGGUACAGUACGAGGUACAGCACCUGGUACAGCACGAGGUACAGUACGAGGUACAGCACCUGGUACAGCACGAGGUACAGCACCUGGUACAGCACCUGGUACAGUACGAGGUACAGCACCUGGUACAGCACGAGGUACAGCACCUGGUACAGCACGAGGUACAGUACGAGGUACAGCACGAGGUACAGCACCUGGUACAGCACCUGGUACAGCACGAGGUACAGCACCUGGUACAGUACGAGGUACAGUACGAGGUACAGCACCUGGUACAGCACGAGGUACAGUACGAGGUACAGCACGAGGUACAGCACGAGGUACAGUACGAGGUACAGGACAAGGUACAGCUUCACCCACUUACAUGUCCCAUUUCAUGUCUUAUGUACAGUCCUGCAUUCCGGAAAUAUUGA